UGUCCCAACCAAUGCGGCUGGACAGGGGCGUGGUCCAGUUCGUCACUCAACGGGCGUGGCGUCACUAUGCGAUGCGGAAGCUGGUAGACGGCUUUGGGGUGGGCGGACCGGAAGACGCUGGGAGAAGGCUGGGAUGUCCUGCACGGGUGGCGGAGAACCCGGGAAACCGGUAAAAGCGACAGACUAAGGGUUCACCUAUUCAGCUGGGCUUCUAUUUCUUCCAGCCAUGAGUACAGAUACAGAAACAGACCAGGAUGCAUCUGUUAAAGCUGCUCAGGAACGAGCUGAAAUAGUUGCAAAAUAUGACCGAGGCCGAGAAGGAGCAAAGAUUGAUCCUUGGGAAGAUGCUGACUUUUUACUUUAUAAAGUUACUGAUCGAUUUGGAUUUUUACACAAAGAAGAACUGCCAAUUCAUGAUGAGGUAGCACAAAAGCAAAAACUGCUUGAAAUUGAAAGAACUACAAAAUGGGUGAAAAUGAUAAAAAGCUGGGAUAAGUACAAGAACAGUGAAAAGCUUCACAGGAGGAUUUAUAAGGGCAUUCCACUUCAGCUUAGAGGGGAAGUGUGGUCUCUAAUCUUGGAAGUUUCAAAGCUGAAAGAAGAGAGAAAAGAUCUUUACCUGGUCCUAAAACAAAAAGCAAGACGCUUGUCUGCUGACAUCAGACAAAUUGAUUUGGAUGUGAACCGAACGUUUCGAGACCACAUUAUGUUCAGAGAACGAUAUGGUGUAAAGCAGCAAGCUUUGUUUCAUGUGUUGGCGGCAUAUUCACUGUAUAACACGGAAGUUGGAUACUGUCAAGGGAUGAGUCAGAUUACAGCUUUACUGCUGAUGUAUAUGAAUGAAGAAGAUGCCUUUUGGGCUCUGGUAAAACUGUUCUCAGGCCCUAAACAUGCUAUGCAUGGUUUUUUUGUUCCAGGUUUCCCAAAGCUUUUGAGAUUUCAAGAACAUCAUGACAGGAUACUAAAGAAAUUUAUGCCUAAACUUAAGCAGCAUUUCGAAACUCAGGAACUUUAUACAAGUCUGUACACCAUGAAAUGGUUUUUCCAGUGCUUCCUAGAUCGGACUCCUUUCACUCUAAAUUUGAGGAUAUGGGACAUUUACAUACUUGAAGGAGAGAGGAUUCUUACCGCCAUGUCUUAUGCUAUAUUAAAACUUCACAAAAGGACCCUAAUUAAACAGUCACUGGAAGAUCUCAUUGAAUUCCUACAAGAGGAACUUGCCAGAGAUUUUCAUUAUGAUGAUGAUUAUGUAAUUGAUCAGCUCAGCUUGUCCAUGACUGAACUUAGACGUGCAAAGCUUGACUUUCCUCCUCCUGGCAAAGAUGAAGAAUUUCCGAAAAAACCUCUGGGUCAGAUUCCUCCAGAGCCUCAACCUACGGUUCUAAAUCAUGUUGUGAAUGGUCAAAGGACAACACACAGACUUCCCUCUCAAGUUAAAUCAGAUAAAGUACCUUCACCCAGUAAACUGUUACAUAACUCACCGAACAAUGAAAGGCAAAGGAAGAACUCAAUGGAGAAACCUAAUUUAAAAAUGGCAAAGAAAGGACAUGCUUCUCGUACAGAACAAAACAAAGUGGAAAUUGAAUAUAGGAAAUCUCCAGAUUAUUCUUUAAACCAGAAGGAUAGUAAAUUAUAUAACCAUGCUGCAGCUAACAAAAAUUCAAAUGCAACACCAAAUGCAUCAAGAGGUAUAACACCUUUGUGGAAGAUGCCUUCAGAACCUAAAAAUAAGGAUCUCUUAAAUAUAGCUGAGGGUAAGGGUAAACCACCAGAUUAUAACGCUGCAAAUCAGUUGACAUCUCAAGCUGUGAUUGUCAAACAGAAAAGUAGGUCUGUGGACACAGAAGGUAAAAGAGGGUCCAAUGCAUCUCUGUAUGAUAAUGUUCCUGGAGGGGAAGAUAGUGAAAAUACUGAUGAAAAUAGACAUAGCUCUGAUUCCUUUACCCCGAGAAAUACUGUUUACUCAACAAGUACUGCAUCCCGGAAUCCCUCUAAAGGUUCCAGUCCUUCGAGAAUAUCUGAAAAUUCAGGAAUUGUCUUCGUAUCGCACUCCCCAUCACACUCAGUACAAAUUCAGGGUCCAGAUGAUGUAUUUAGCAUAAAACAGCCACCACCAAUAUACAGCAAUCCACCCCUUUACACUGAAAAUUCAGUGACUAAACCUCAUAGUGAACAAUAUUCACCCAUAAACUUGAUGAGCCCUUCAAAGAGAUCUUAUGUGCAAAGCUUUGAUUUGCCUCCUGAUAAAAUGCCAGCAAAUCUUACUGCAAGGCAAUACAAUGUCACAUCUCCUUCUCACAGAAUAGAAGUCUUACCUGCCGAUGAAAGCGCAACUCUGCAUUUAAGUAGUUUUAACCAAAAAUCAAACACCCAAUAUAUUCUACCACCAGUGGAUUAUCAUACGGACCAUACGUUUUUUCCUGAUGCUGCAUUUGGACCAAUUGGGCAGCCUUUAAAUAGAGAGGUCUCUCAAAGUUAUUUAUCCAGUCUACAAAAGUCCCCAAACCUUCCACCAUCAACAGGUCAGCACUAUAAUUUCUCUUCUGUUUCUGCUAUUAGUCCAGUGAGGCUAAGGACUUCUCCUCGUUCAAAUAAAGUACCACCAUUACAAUAUCUUCAUUCAACUUCUGGAGCUACUCCUCAGCCAUUUAGAAAUCCACGUGAUGGUAUCAUAAUGCAUGAAUCUGUGAUGCUGUGAAAAACGGCUCAUUGUAUGCUUUAGUGAAUCCAAAAAUUAGCCUAUAACACGUAGCUGGCCUUAUCUUGCCAAGGCAGUUUAAGAUGUACACGUGAUUGCUCUUGUGCUUGAAAAAUGUCAUUACCAGUACUGAAAAGUAGACUUCAGACAUACACCAAGUCCCUUAUAGAAGUGCUUUAAUAAAAAAAAGGGCGCACGUGCAACUUUAAAGAUUUUCGUUUUACUUUUAUGAAGUUUUAUUUAUUAUGUAAACCAAUCAGUCAGUUUUAAACAGAAUGAAUACUGUGGAAAAUGUGUCCUUUAUUCUAAACUUUUCCUCCAAAAAACAAUGUUUUUAUUAGGUUUUCAGUCUUGAACGAAAAUCUAUGUCUUGGAAAGACACAGGUUCCCUUAUCCACAAAUGGCACCACCUCCUGCCUCAGACAACUUGGGACUGCCUUAUACUUGCUUACUGCAGUCUGUUUUAGCAGUGUUUAAAUGAGACCAUUUGAAGGCAAGCAUUAUUUGCAGUGAAACAGGAGUUACAUAUAUUGACAAGUCGGUUCAUCCCAUGUCACCAUCUUUCACGUAAAAUAUUGCUAUUUCCAUACUUAGAAAUUUAAACAAUCAAACUUUUGUUUCACUUUCCAUUGGAUGUAUAGUUCAUACUGCAGAACACAUACACAAGGUGACAAACUGUAAUACAUCAAAGUAGCCUGUGACUGGGUGCAAAUAUCCCAUCCGAUGUUGGUACUGGAAAUAUCCCAUCUGAUGUUGGUACUGGCUUGCACACAAUGCUUUGACUUUAGUGCUGCUUUUAGCAAACUUUCCAGUUUCACUCAGAAAGCCUACGGCUAAUGCAGUGGGAUCGUCACAUUUGUAACAUGCGGUUUUGUACAUAGUUGGCAGCUUUCUUCUCUGUGAUUCUGAAAGCACUGCACCUGCUGUGAGAUGUGGGCGUUGAGUGAAUCCCAUGCAAAAAUCAAAGGUUUUGCGAUAAUGCACAUCAAAUAGAAAAAUCAAAGCAGAAGGGGGUGACUUGCAGCAUCUGAAACGUAUCACUAGUGGUUUGUCUCUAUUGGGAUUAUUCUGUUACAGUACCCUGCCACUAAAAUUCCAGCGCUGGGGGUGGGUAGAUAUGUCCCAAUAUUAACAGUGCCCGUUGUUUUUGCAUUUUUUCAUUAUUAAGCAAGUACAGUCCUUGCGAGCAUUAGACACUGGUAUGUGUAAACACUGGAAGUUGGCAGAGCCUUUAAACCAGUUACAGCAGCCCUUGCUUUUGCUCAUUUUGCCAGUGAAAUCUAAAGGCAAGCUGAGGGGUCUGCAGCACGUUUGUUGCCAGUCGUCUUGCCAGAGAUGUUAAUAAUUUUAAUUCCCAUUUUGCAAGCAGCAGUUUAAUUAGGAGCUUGGCAGUAUGAACCCAACUUUAGGAUGUAAUAAAAGUUAUGUGCUACACAGUAGGUAAAAAUCCUUGAGACCCUGCAUUUCUGGCUGCAUGGGGGGUUAAACAGAACUCAUGCAAUGUGUCUUGUACCAAAAUGGACCAACAGAUUUGCCUGUUUUUUGGAACUCUGUUAGCUUCAUGAAUAAUCUUUCCCUCUGCUGCACUGCAGACUUGUUGCUAUGUUCUUUAUUUGUUUCAGUCCCCAUGUAACUUUUGUGUUAAUUCCAGCGCCCCCAUUCAGUAAUUUUGCACUCUCCUGGAGCAGCAUGUACCUUUCACAGUGUGCCUUGGCUUCUAAUGGCUUAAUGGCUGCUGUUUUAUCAUUACACUAUGACACCUUUUAUGAACCAGUGCAAUGUGCUGCAAUGACACUAAUGGGUAAGAUAAGGCAAAUCCACUUGAAUUGUCUGCUUUAUUCCCAAGUACCAGUUUGAGUGGGUUUUUAACAAGUUGUGAUUGACACCUUAUUUUUUUUUUCUUCUUAAACAGCUCUAAAGUAGGAGUAUCAUUUUAGUCAUUUUGGCUUUCAUACACACACAGGAAGCAGCAUUACAUGCCAAAGUAGGACUACACAAUAGCAGUUUUUCCAGGAAGAACAAUAUACUUGUACCUUACGUACAUGCAAGAGUUCAUUUCUCUUUGCUGUUAAAAAGUCGCCAUUUUGUUUGCUCUGCAGUACAAUUGUGUUUGCAGAUAAAUGCAAAGUAGCUCAUUUUACUGUAGCAAUGUCUUGUAUAUGAUUUGGUCAAUGUAUAUGCAUUUGUAAUACUAUUAUCUGCAAAAUGCGGCUUAUCUAUGUCUAAACACUACACUGUAACAAAUAAUGGGAUUCGUAUUGUUCUACUCAUUGGGUCUCUGUUGCUGCUUAUUUUUGUUGGUUUUGAGAUACACAGCGUAUAUAAAGUGAGAUAUGACUGUGUAAAUCCCCAUGUAAUAAUCACAGUUGUGUGAUUCUUAAUCAAGCUGUAAAAUAAACUAUAUUAUAUGCAGCAAAUGCUGCUCUAAAAAUGUUUAGUAAUGGUAAAUAUUGUAGAUUUAAUGUAUAAAAUAUAUGCAUACUAUUUUCUUAUGUCAUCAGCUACAGUUUUAUAACUGUUUUUUUUUAAUUGUGACUAUUUUUUAACAUGUAAAAUUAACAUUAUUAAAUGUACGGCUGUGCCUCUUUUUUCAGAA